GCUGCGCCGGCCGUCUCAGGUGUUGCUUCGUUCUCUCGAGUGACAUGUGAGUCACGUGGUUCGUCAAAGCCCGUGACUGUUAUACUCGUGUGGAAUACGUCCCGUCCGAGACGUCUGGAAGACGUCCCAGCUUGGCCAGGAGCAACAGGUGCGACGCGUUGUCGAGAGAGCCGUCGAUUUUGUUUCGAAGUGCAGAAGGCUGUGCUUGACAGUUCUUUCUUUUCUUUUCUUUAUUGGUUUCCAUUGUGAACAUUCAAGCCGUUUUAAUAUCUCUUGGAGACGCGCUCCGCUUGGCCUGCGGAAGCAACUGCACGAAGUGUCGAGCGAGUCGUUGAUUUAGUGACAUUUCGAUCCGAAGUCAGAAAAGGGACUGUGCUUGAACAUUCCAUUUAGAGACCUCUAAAAGACGUAAAGAACCUCUAGAAGGCUAUAAAAGACGUAUGGACUGUAGUUUCAGGUGCACCAACUGUCGAGACGGCGUUUGAGACGUCGUUCUUGUUUCGAGGGCGAGAGACAGCGCUUGACUUGUUCCUUUUUGAGACCUCUAGAAGGCUUGUUCCGUUUGGCUUACGGCAACAGGUGCGUCAAGUGUCGAGAGAGUCGUUGAUUAAGAAAUGACAUUUCCUUCCGAAGGCGAGAAAGGGAUAGCGCUCGAACGUUCCGUUCUUAGUCCUCUAGAAGACGCCCCGUUUGGGCUGUAGUUUGCAGGUGCACGAAGUUUUGAGACGUGUGUUGAGAGACAACGUUUUGUUUUGAGGGCACGAAAGAGACUGUGCUUGAGAACGAAGUGGGUACCCGUGUGGUUUGAGGAGACCUCCGCGCUCUUUUGAGACCAGAAAAAAAAGCGAAAGAAAGCGUCCUGUGCUCCAAAGGCAAGCGUGUUGCGUUUGAAAGCACUGAAACCACAUUUGAGAGCGGACUUGACGCAAAGUGUUGAGACCUUAUUUGGGACGACCUCGAUUUCAUUUACUCUUGAGGUCCUUUCUGAGAGCCAUCGUGAGAACCCGCUUGUGUCUGAACACAAGUUGUAUGAUAAGUUUUCCUGUCAUGUGCGUUGUGCUGUUCAGAACGUCUCGGAUACGACUCUGCCAAACGACCUGCGAGAUGUUUCUCAGAAGCCUUCUUGUCUACGCUAGCAAGUUCAGAGGUAUCAUAGGUUAGGUUCACGUCCCUUUUCGAAGCCAGGAAGGUGUAUAUAUAGGUUUCUGGCGGAAGGGCGUACAGCUGUUCUGACAGUCACUUAACGGGACCAAAUCUGAUACAGCGUUCACACAGAAGACUUGCGCGGUGUGCGUGACAGUUCCGGGACCAGGACAGGUGACCCUACCGUGAAAUUGAGUACCGGUGACACAGUGACCUAAGGGAGACGUACCUUUUUGUUUUGACUACCCCGUGUGCUUUCCUUGGAAUGGAUUUCGCUGGCUACAUUCAAAACCGACAACGUCCCUCCUCCUACAGCUGAAGAAGCGAGACGUUCUUUGUUGCGACUGGAACCGUGAUAGAACAUCAGCUCAAUCAUGGCGAUGCUCACGCUCAAGGUGGUGGUGGUCGGAAGCUGCGCCUGCGGAAAGACCACGCUGAUACGGACUUUCCUUCGCGAUGACGUCAGGGACUCCGCGCCCGCGCCCACCGUCCAGGAAGUCUACGUCGGCCACAUGCAGCACGACGGAAAGAAGGUCCGGUUGGUCAUCUGGGACACGGGCGACUCGGACCUGCUGUGCGACCCUCACCGGGCCUCGUGCUACGCCGAGGCCGACGUGGUGCUGGUCUGCUUCUCGGUGCGAGACAUCUUCUCCGGCAGCGAAGUACCCACGCGGUGGGCGACCGAAGUGCGACACUUCAACCCAAACGUACCCGUGCUGCUGGUCGCCACGCAGAUGGACCUCCGCGAGGACCCCGUGACCGUCCAGGAGCUGGCGCAGAUCAAGUGCCGGCCCACGAGCGUCGCCGAGGGCCUGCAGCUGGCGCAGAAGAUCCAGGCGGCGCACUACGUCGAGUGCUCGUCGCUAGACCUGGCCAGCGUGCGCAAGGUCUUCGAGAGUGUACUCCACACCUGCCUCAGGACGACGCAAAGUCGACAGAAGAAGUCCAGGUGGAAGUGCCUCUGCUGCUGCUGCCGCUGAUGCCAUCACGCGUAGAAGAUCAAUUCCUCUCUCUCUCUAGUCACGUGACACGUGGGGGCCAAAGAAUCAAAGACGGCGGCGUUUUGGCUGCGGACAGGCUUUCAGCAGUACAUUCCAAUCGACGUAUACAUAGUUUUUUUUUUUUUACUGCACGAGACGCCAGCGCGCACUCCUUGUUGUCACAAGCUCGUUGCCGCGAUGUUUCCAUACCCUAAGAAGCUCAAUAGCGGAAGUGCCGGUCUCCGUCACAUCCGGGAGAGUCACGGACCCGAACAGAAACGUCACCGUGUGACGUCAUACCGCCGCUGAUUUGUGAACGAAAGGGUAAGGCUCGGCUCUGCUUGACGUUGCAUAAAAGUGUGUCGCCAUUUUGCGGGGAUAACGGAACCGCACCAAGCACAGGACCGGUUUGAUUGGCGAAUCAUAGGAGAUGCCAUUGCUCUUCUGUGGCCGUAGUCAAACUGAUGAUGAUGAUCUUGCCAAUGUCAGUGAUUGGCCCGUGUCACUGGAUGACCAGUAACCCACGCCGUGCCUCGUCGCGGUUCUCAUUAUUUCACCAGCGUCACUACUGCCAGAACCAGAGUGCCGCCGCUCUGGCGAUGACGUCACACGUCAAGUUUCUCUUUAGGCAACACGACUCUCCCAGAUGUGGCUUCGACCGGAAGUUCCGGCUUUUGCGCACUUUCGAAUACGGAAACAGGCCCCGCUGCCUGGACUGAAACCGUGUUCCUGUGAAACGACGUGCCUUUUAUAUAUAUUUUUUGCAAGUGACCUGAUAUUUCUAGAGGAGAUAUUUUUACAAGAUAUCUUUAUCGGGAAAAUUAUUUAUAGCUUAUGUAUGUGUUGCAGCAUGCUCUAGCUUGCAAGUCACUUAACGAUAUCCGCAGGGUACAACGAUAUCGUUUGUUGUUAACGAUGGUGUGAUAUGCGAGAGCUAUGUUGUAUAUAUUACUCGUGACACAUCACUUGUGAUUCUCGCAGAUGACAGCAAACACUCGCGUAAGAGAGAAGUUUGCAAAAUAGAGAUGGAGAGAUGUGAUACCUACGUAGUACCGAGUUACGGGACCAAUUUUACGCGAGUUUCGGCGAAGCUUGAAGCGACGAAGACGCAUGCGCGUUGAUGUUUUUUUUUUUAAAAAUGAGUGUCCAUAAACGUGUAUUUAUGCCCGGAC